UCCACUUAGUGGUGUUCUUACAUCCGGCUUGUUGCCCGUCAGACACUUCCUCCAAUGAUGGACAAGACUGGCAGACACAGAGAGGCUAUGUACAGGACUGAAAUGGGAUGUUCAGAGGCUCUUGAUUGUUGCCACUCUAUUCAACGGCAGAGAUGGAAUCAAUACUUUUUUUCUUUAGUAAGUCUGCAGCCGUCGUGCAGCUAUUGCAAUGCACUCAAGAAAGCCAUUCUUAUAACAAUAUCUUGUUAUUUCUCGCCUCCGUUUCUUAUACACUACAAUUGCACAUCCAUACAAAACUGUAUAAUGUACAUGAAUAUAUCUGCAACCCAUGCUAUGAUUCUGUGUAAGCACAGCACACAGUAUUAUAUCUGUGGUGGUGGUAGUAGUAGUGGAUGGGUUGUUGUUAGCUGUGUUUAAAAGAUUAACCAGUCCUAGGAGCUUAGUGUAAGCAGCACUCGCUGUGCUCUGCUUCCUUACUCUGUCGCUAUCUCUGGACCCUUCUGCAGAUGGAGAUCAUGCAGAACACCUGAAGACUACUAAGCAUGCUUCUGUGCCUUUUUAUGGAGAUUUAAGUGGAAGUUUGAAGAUAAACUCAUUAACAUCCAUGCAUGUUUUUUCUUUGGUUCAGAACUAAGCUGUGAGAGGUGUUUACCUCUCCUGCUUGUAGAGACUGCUACUGAGGAACCGAAGACAGGCAGCCAUGAGACUGUACUCACUGCUGCUAUUGCUCCUGGGGUCCUCACACGGGGUAUUCACACAGCUGCCUGAGUUAAUGGAGGAGGAAGGUAGCGGUGUGACUCCAGAACCUGUGGAUGACACCUACUGGUCAGGCACAGCCCCCAUCUGUAUGGGAGGUUGUAAGGGGAGACACCAGGAACUGAAGAAAGAUCGCUGUGGGGACUCUGACUGCUGCUGGUUUGGCUAUAAAUCCCUUUGCAGAGUGAACUGUGGGAGGCCUGAUGUGGACUAUAACGGGAUGGUGUACGGGAACGACUGGUGGGUGGGCUCAGUUGUCCGGUACGCCUGUCGCUCUGGCUUCCUAUUGGUGGGGGACCCUGCCCGAGCCUGCCAAUCCAAUGGAGGCUGGACCCCCAAACCCUCCUGUCUCAGGGUGUGUCGUCAGGGCCGUGUGGAGAUCACUGAGAAGGAGCUAGAAACAGCUACCUGCUCCUCCACCUGUCCCCUUAAGUCCUACAUGGGGCCUCUUAAGCAGGGCUGCUACGGCAUGGACAACUGCAGGAAGAUGAAUCCUGACUGGAAGCGCUGGUUCACCCGCUGUGACACGUGCCUGUGUGAUUGCCACAUCGCCUGUGCAUCUUUAGGUUAAAAGACGGACAAAUUCCACUAUUGAGUGACUAGAAUAUGUAUUCCAAAACAUCACAAGAAAUAUCAGUGAACAGCCUAACAUCACAGAUCCUCAUUGGAAUCUCAAUCGGAAUGCUCGAAUCCUCAUCGGACUAUUGCUGCUUCAUCUGCUGUCAGGAGGAUGAAAGGGAAACCUAGAGAGACAUCUCUGUGGAACUAACAACAGUCCGUCGCCAGAGACUGCGGUCCUGACCUCAACAACCUCAUAGGGUUAACGUAUAGAACACAAUGGAGGCGAAGACACUACUUUUCCUCAGUUUCCUAAACAAACUCCCUGACUACAUAAAGGACUCAUCAUGCAGCCUAUAUGAACAGUUUUGACGGUAGAGGGGGAGGCCUCUCCGAGUGUAGAGGUUCUGUUGGGAUUAACGAGUUGUCCUUUAGCUCAACCUGCUCAUUCAAUCUGUCCUGGAACCUAGAAUGAGCUAGUUGUUGAGCUGAGACCUUAAUCUUGUUACCCACCGCAGUCCAGAGGAGAGUAGAGGUGUCGGUGGAAGUCAGAGAGGAGGACCAGGUUCAACCAUCUAACAGCAUGUUUACUAUACUGCAUGUGGAGAUAGCUUGGAAUGCAUAAUAUGCAAUGUGUAUUUCUAAAUGGAUGGGAUAUACAAUAUUAACAAAGUGUAUCUUCAUUUCUCCUUAUGUUACAGCCAUUGGUUGGACUGUCUGUAUUGCUUUUAAGAUGUAGAUGGUUGUCCAAAGUCAAAGGUGCUUCCUCACUAACAAUGUUAGUUGUUGAUGAUUUGUCAUUGUCCUAUAAAUCCAACUCUGUGUUUAGACCAUAGGGAUUUAGAUUAAUUCUAUUUUGAAUCCAAUCUAUUUAAUUAUGUGGUUUAGAUCAAGAGCUGAGCCUCAGGAUAUGUUUUUCUUUGGGUUUGUAGCAGCCAACUCCUGCAAUGAAAUGAACAUGACCAAGUCAAACAUUAUUUUGUCUUAGUAAUGCUAUGCUAACAACUGCUUAUUACACACAGAAUGGAAUAGAAUACAAUAGCGUUGUACAUACAGGGAGAACAGAAGAAUAAGAGAUGAUUCAUAAGCACUGUUUUAGACCCACACCAACCUGCAUCCAUCCUGGUCUGAACCCCAGAGGACUCUGACAGUAGCUCCCAGGAGGUCUGAUUGGCCUCGUUUCCAGCCACUCAAUUCACACGCUCCAGGGGCAGCCCAAAGUCUGGGUAACUCUUUCCCUUCCCUGUGAACCUAUUAAAUGGAGAGCAACAAGUGUAAGUUCAUCAUGCACAACAAGGCAGGAUAGGCUAUGAUGCCUGACCAUACCGUAGAACAUUUUGAUAAGAGAAAUUGAUUUUGAUUUCUGGAAGUAUGUAAUUGUAAAAUUGAUAAGAAUUAAGCCUGAAAAUGUAUGAUUAUACAAUAGAUUACUUAGACUUCUCUGUCUAAUAAAAUGUAUUUAAAUUAGUGAUUAGUGUUAAUAAUGAUGCUAAUACUGACCAAUGUUCCUUACUUAAAGUCGUGGUCUGUGUCCUCCAGUCUCCUCAUGGGCCCCAAUAGUACUCCCCCUUCCACCACAGAGCUGGAGUAGACCUGACCAACCAAUUCUCCAUUGGACAGCUCACUCUCACACAGACAGCCUGAUAGGCACUGCCACCCUCACUGGACCUACAAGAUGCAACAAGAACCCAAGAUAAUGAAGGCUUAUUAUGACCCUUCAAGUGGGUAUGUACUCUCUUUAGUGUUCAAUAUGAAACAAUGAUAACCAUAACUUAAAGACAAGUAAUGGUAUUAUGUAGUAUUAGUGACAGUUUAAUGUGUACGCAGACAUUUACUUUCAUAUUCAAUCAACAGAAAUGAGCGAUACUGUUUGCAGGACACGACCUAUAGCAACACAAUAUAUAGAUGUGAAUGUGGCACUAUAACUGUAAUAUGUCAGAGCACACAAUAAAUAUAAUUGGAACUCACCUCCCUGUGCGAGUGUCCCCAGUAUCAACAGCUGCAGAAGAGCCACAGAGAGGAGAGUUGUAAGUCUUGGUGGCGUUAUGAUGAUUCUACCUGCAUCUCAAUCCAGACGUCUCUUGCUUUGUUACAUGCACAAGAGCACUUCUACUACUGAACCUGACCCCAGUGAUCUCAGUUUGAGCACAUUCCAGCCCCAUGUUGCCAUGGUUUAUGUUUCUUAUUUAUCCAUUCAGCAAAAGGCAUUGUGGAAUAAGGUCAGCACGCUCUUUAAGAACUCACGCGUAUGACAAAUCAAGACUGCGCCUAAGAAAAUGGCUUUUCUUUCAAAUGUUCCCUUUUUCUCCAUUUAAAUAACUUUUCACAAGGCCAUUCUACAAGCAUGUUGUGAAUGGAAAAAGUGAUGUGUUGGCUUGUCAUUGAUAUAAUAAAGCGGAAACCGGCAUUGACGUUGAGUAAUGAUCUGCCUUCGCCCUCUGACCCCGUGUUCCCCUCAGGUGUCAUGGUGGCCUGGAGAUAAUGGACACUAAGUGGACUUAAUCCUUCCUCAGAUAGAACCUCGGGGAGCUUUCUGCUCUAUUCUUAAUGCAUGAAUUUCCUUGAUCAAAUUAGCAGUUGAUUUCUGAAGGCUUUGCAAUAACUGUAUUGUUGAAACAUGUUUUUCUGCAGUUUUCCAGAAUCCAGAGUUUCAAUACUGGCCAAAACGGAAUAUAUUGUUGUUAAAGCUUUUCCUAGCAUUGCUGUGUUGUGCUCAAUGUCAACAAUCUCAAAGUAACCCAUGACUGUGUUUUAAUAUCUAUAAUAACCACAUGGUGUUGCUGCAGUCCCAACAUCAAAGGCUUGGAAACCGCUGCAACACAGUUUCUUAGUUCUUUUUUUUUAUCGCUUUGGUACUAUUUUCACAAGUGUUAUGUGGUGAAUUUUCAGAACUCUUAGGACAGAACUCCAAACUUAACAUUUGUAACGCAGCCAGUCUUCUGUUCAAAAGCUUUCAUUGUUCAUUCAUUUUUUUAGGGGAGACAUACCACACCUCCACCUCCAUUUAAUCACCAAAACACAACAUAAUGACAAAUUAUUUUAACAACCAGUUAAUGUAAUAGCAAAAAAUGUAAGAUACCUUUGAAUGUAUGUAGUAUGCUACAGUACUGUAAAUUUACAGUGCGUUACACUUUUCUCAUUAGGCAAUAUACUUGCACUACCCAUUUUAAAAUUGACUGAACAUCGCAUUUCCAUCAUUUCUAUCCCAUGUGUGAUCAUUGAAGACAUCUUUCACAAUGUAAUCAAAUGAAAUACAUUGUUUAGCAGGCGCUAGUUUGCAUCAAACCUGUCUUGAGCAUCCUCAUUUUUCAUGCAUUUGGGGAAAAACCUUUUGGCAUGGUGAAUCCAAGCCUCACAUAGGUCUGGAUCAAAAUCAUUGCAUGCCUCAUCCAUGGCCUGAAGGAGAGUGGUACGCCUAUGGGGAUGGCAGUCAUACAUCUUCCAUCUACAUUGUAUUUUACAGUAUUGUAUGGUACUUAUGUAUUGUAGUGGUCCUUUACAUGGCUCAGUUCAUAAGAGCAUGGCACUAGCAACACCAGAGUUGUGACUUCGAUUCCCAAUGGGGUCACAUACCAAACUGUGGAGUGUUGUCACUUUGGAUAAAAGUGUCUGUUUACGUAAAUGGCAUAUACUGUAUCAUGGUAUUAGAGUACUGUAUUGGCCAGUGCAAUUUUAGUAAAGUGGUGUGACCCCCCCCCCCCCCAAUUUAAAAACACCCCAGCAGCUUAAUUUUGGAUACAUGUACUCCUACCUAAUAUUGAGUUGCACCCCAUUUUGCCUUCAGAACAGCUUCAAUCCUUUGGGCAUGGACUCUACAAGGUGUCAAGCGUUCCACAGGGAUGCCGGCCCAUGUUGACUCCAA